AUGAAGAUUCUCACAGCAUUAGCUCUGGCCUCAGUGUUAGGCGCUGUUUCUGGAACCUCUGUGGACUACUGUUCCUCGGACCUGACUGCAUCCGGCUCAGGUACCUUCGACACAUACCAAUCCUAUGGUGCAUGUACAAAGACAUGUAACGGCUAUGCACUUGCCAUUCUCAAGGGUUCUUCAUGUUGGUGUUCCGAUACUGUUCCCGGAUCCACUACGGAUACUUCCGACUGCUCCAAAAGCUGUCCCGGGUAUGGCAGUGAUUUUUGUGGAAAUUCUGAUGAAGAUUUGUAUGCAUAUUAUUUACUGGAUACUCCUAGUUCCACUGAGGAAGUUUCCAGCACCGCUUCGAGCACCGAAGCUGAAUCCAGUUCAAGUGCUAGCUCUAGCUCUGACUCAGAUUCGAGUUCUAGUUCGAGUUCGAGUUCAAGCUCGAGUUCAAGCUCGAGUUCAAGUGCAAGCUCGAGCUCAAAAUCCAGUUCUAGUUCUAGUUCUAGUUCUAGUUCUAGUUCUAGUUCUAGUUCUAGUUCUAGUUCCUCAUCUUCAACUCUCCUAGAGUAUGUCACUGCAAGCACUGAUGAUUCGUCCUCGUCCUCGUCGACAGACACUGCAGAGGACUCCCCUUCCAGUUCGCAAUCAACUCCAUCAUCCACAUCCCAUAGCUCACGUUCUUCGAUAACAAGCUCUUCCUCUGUUGUCCCAGAAACUUCCAUGGUGGUUUCCGUAACCACGGUAACCGGGAGCGAAUACACUGCCUACCUCACCACACUGGUUCUGUCAACCAUAACGUCAGUGCCUACUGCAGUCAGCUCCGAGGAAUCUGAGCAUUCCAGCAAGAGCUUUUGGAACUCAAAGGGCAAAGUGGCUGGUACUUUUGUGGCUGUGGGUAUCGUUGUGCUGGCACUGGUUUGCGGUCUGUUCUGGUUCUGCUGCUGGAAGAGACGGAAGGACCAGGAAGAAGCUGACUACGACGAAGAGGCAAGUUCUACCGAGAACGUAAUGCUCAACGAGAAAAUCAACAACCAUCACGUGAGUCCCUCCGACGGAGGAGACACUCUGAUAGCCGUGGAUCAAAGACUGGAUCCUGGGACCAUGUUCAUGAACGUGAAUGGUUCCAGGAAUAGUAUACAGGACGAAAUGGACUAUUCCAGAAGAGUUUUGAGGGUAGCCAAUCCCGAAUGA